UAGCUCAGCAGUGUGUCCGUCCGCGUGGGGUCCGCCUGCCUCGCGCAUCAGUUGACAUUUGACUUUGAAACGAUACGGGCCGAAUCGCGGAUGAGCGCAGUACAAUUUUUGACGCGGUUUUGAAUUUGUGGGGUGCAUUAGCGCUACUUUGAUGAGAUUUUAUUUGACACUGGCUUAGUGCUGCAUUGAGUGAUUUCAUUUUGAAGCCGUUCCAAAAGGUAUUAAUUUAUCAGCAGUGAUUAUUAACUACCAUACGUGAUAACAAUCUAAAGGAUCGUUGGUGUUUAGGCGCAAUCAAAGCACAGGAACAAUUGAAAAUCGUACGUGAAAGGGCAAUAAUUUAAACAAAAAAAGAGAAACCCGUGCCAAAUGCCGAUGAUGGGUGUGAAUUUAUGUUGCUGUUUAUGACAAAGCUUCAUGCUUUUUGUCUAACAUAGUAGAGAGUAUACUACACAUUGGGGUGAAACAACUGUACAAACAGUGAUUCACAGUAACAUCCUGUGCCCCAUCGCGCACAUGUGGCCUAAGUGAAUAAUUUGCCUUUGAUUGGUGAAGAAUGCAAUAGUCGUUUUUAUGCAUUUGAUACGAUCUUAUCCAAAGUAUUAGAGCAUCGUAUGCUCAUGACGAUUUAUUUUUUGCGUCUUGCUGAAAGUUAACGAUCUCUUUUAUCUUUUGCGGAUUGUUAAAAACAGCGUCCGAGAAGCGUUUUUCAACAUUUUUGAUUCUUAUUCUGAAAUUGUUUGAUGUGAUGUAAUGUUUGCUAGAGACUUAGGUAGGUCAAAUUAGCAUACAUCGGCAACGGGGCAGAACGCAUUUUCACUUAUUUUCAUGUUUAUUAGUGUGUGCCAAAUACUGAGCGCAGAUUCAAUGAUUUCCUUUGCCGGUAGAAUGUCUCGAACCAAGUUGCACAAUUCGUAAGCAAACGUGAAAUGUAUUAUUUGUUUAGCACCAGAAAAGUAUUCGAGUUCAUAAAGCAAGCGUGUGAUAAGCAAGGCUUAUGUGUGUGUGCGUUUAGCGGCGGACGUGAAGGUCGUUAUGAUUAGCAUAAAAUGUGUUAGCAACCGGCGAUCCCACUCAAACUGUUGACGAAGAUCGAAGAUCAAUGGACUUUUUGGUUGUUUUGUGUGCAUCUUCUAAGUGUAGCUGUACGGAUGCAUCAACUCACAAUGGGGCGGUUUGUGGUCCUAUGCUGGUGGUUCUUGCUGCUGACCAACACGAUACACCGAACGCAAGUUGCGUGCAGUUCUGUUCUAGUGGCCGACUUCCGGAUGACGCGAAUGGUUGAACUAAGCAGUCGACCUCCGUACUGCAAGAUCCACUCUGACCGUGGAGACAUUCAGCGCAUGCUUUUAGCAUCGGACACGAAGAAGGUACGGCAAGUGCCGCGAGAAUCGGUAAUAGCCCUGGAAGAGGUAUGUGGCGAAGCUAGUAACAUUUCCGGAGAGCUGCAAGGAGGGCUGGGAUUUAUUUACCCUGGCACUAAAUGGUGUGGACCAGGUACCAUCGCAACAAACUAUUCCGAUGUGGGACGAUAUGCUGCCGAAGAUCAGUGCUGCCGAGAACAUGACUUGUGCCCUAAUGUGUUACUCCCGGGCGAGUGCCGCCGUGGGUUAUGCAACCGUGGCGCCUUCACUCGUUCUCAUUGCGACUGUGACGCACGUUUCAGAAGAUGUUUGCAGAACUUAAACACGGAGACGGCCAACACACUUGGUGCUAUAUUCUUCAAUGUCGUACAGGUGACAUGCUUUGGCGAAAGAAGACCGUGCUCAGUUUGGCAAAGAGUGGGCUUCAACCAGACGGAAGCGGACGAGCUAUGCUCAAGGUGGAAGUAUCGGCCGAGCGAAAAAUACAUCCCAAUCAUGCAGCAAAAGUCGAAUAAAUAACUAGCUUCAUAGUAAAUGCGCGCUGAUGGCGUAAUCAAGGGUUCUCUGAAGAUAGUCAAUUGAGGAGCACUACUGUACAUGUACAAGUACAUCCGUUACAAAGCAUCCAGCUGUACACACGAUUGAUCAAUAGGGAGUGAACAUAGGAAAGCUUCUUAGAUUGUAAUAGUCAUGUUGGCCGCAACAUUGAUGUGACUAGUAAAAUUAGUUAAAGUUGGUCGUUAUGCUUAUAAGAUUUGCUCAAGUAAAAGAAACACUCCGUAACGAUAGUGAUUGUCGUUUUCUCUCGCCUUACGAUGAUUGUCUCAUGCAGAUCAACUAUUAAAUGCAUUAAUUAAUUAUUUGUGAUGAGUAAUAUUUCAUCUCUAUUUCGUAAAAGGCUUUCGUCUAAAAAGUAAACAUAUAGACAUUCCAUCACAUUAGUUGCUUUCGAAAUAAAAAAUACAGCAGCAAAAAAUAAGUUGAGGUUUUAUUAAUGCACUCCUACAUUAACUUGCGACUUCAAAAUGAGCUACAUAUUUGUUUUCUUCUAGCGUCCGUUGCGCUCAAAGUGUCAAAGAAAGGGCUAAUAAAUAGACCAUACUUUUUAAAGUCAAAAGUCAA